AUGCAGGCAAUGCCGGACAAUCGACAGCAGUCGUUUGACGAGAUCUACGGCCCGCCCGAGAACUUUCUCGAGAUCGAGGUCCGCAACCCCCGAACCCAUGGCAUGGGCCGCAGCAUGUACACCGACUACGAGAUCGUCUGCCGCACCAACAUCCCCGCCUUCAAGCUCCGCGCCUCGAGCGUACGCCGCCGCUACUCCGACUUUGAGUACUUCCGUGACAUACUCGAGCGCGAGAGCGCCCGCGUCACCAUCCCGCCCCUGCCCGGCAAGGUCUUCACGAACCGCUUCAGCGACGACGUCAUCGAGGGCCGCCGCGCCGGCCUCGAGAAGUUCUUGCGCAUUGUUGUCGGCCACCCCCUGCUCCAGACAGGCAGCAAGGUCUUGGCCGCCUUCGUUCAAGGUGGGUUUUAUCCAGUUUCCCGACAUGAGGAAGGCAUGGACGGCUGA